GGUCCGACCCACCCCCGCCCCGCGGCGCCCCCCAGCGGUGGGGCAUCCCAAGCCGAACCGCUGCCCUGUGGGCGUGGCCUCGGCGCAGGACGGACGGGUAACUUUCCACCCCUGCCCACAUGGCGCUACCGCGCUUCCGCCCCCUCUGGCUCCGCCCCGAGAGGGAGCUUGGGGGCGUGGCUCCAUCAUGGCCCGCCCCCCGGGGAAGGCGAUUGGAGGAGGCGGAGCAGAGGCCACGCCUCCUCCCGGUCCGGGCUGCAGCGGUGCCCGGCUCGGCAGUGCCGGCGGCCGGGACUGGACGGGGCGGGCGGGGCUGGACUGGACGGGACGGGUCGGAGCGGAGCGGAGCGGGCGGGGCAGUGCCGGCAGCGGGCAGAGAGCAUCGGCACGGCGGCGCUCGGCGCGGGCUCACCAUGAUCGUGUGUCCCCAGAGCGUGGAGCACCCCCGAGGAAGCCGGUGCCAGCGGCUGCCGGGGCAGGUGGUGAAGAUGUCCGGCGGCGAGCCCGAGCGCCCUCAGUUCCUCUUUGUGAAGGCUCUGGCGAGCCGUGGCCGGCUGGAGGCAGUGACCCAGCAGAUGGGCUACCACCCGCGCUACCUCGACAGCUUCCUGAAGAUGCAGCACUACCUGCUGCACAUGGACGGCCCGCUGCCCUUCGACUGCCGCCACUACAUCGCCAUCAUGGCGGCCGCGCGACACCACUGCCGGUACCUGGUGAACCUCCACGUGCUGCAGUUCCUGCGGGCGGGGGGGGAUCCCCAGUGGCUGCGCGGUCUCGAUUUCAUCCCCCCCAAACUGCGCAACCUCAAUGAGAUCAACAAGAUCCUGGCGCACAGGCCCUGGCUCAUCACCAAGGAGCACAUCGAGAAGCUGCUGAAGAUCAGUGAGUGGAGCUGGUCGCUGGCAGAGCUGGUGCACGCCGUCGUCCUGCUGGCGCACUGCCACGCGCUUGCCAGCUUCGUUUUCGGCUGCGGUUGUGAGCAGGAGGAGGGGCCGGGGGGCAGGGGCUCGCUGAAGCCCUCUCCACCUGGGAACCAGUGCUUCUGUGAGGCCGCCAUGGGGAAUGGCUGCGGGCAGGAGUUGCUGCGCAUCAACCGCAAAAGGUCCCUGGACUCCUGCAUGGAGCUGGACUCGCUGCGGGAACGCGUUCAGAGGAUCCACGUGGAGACUGAGGGCAGGGAGGAGACGAGGCCGCUGCUGCCGGACCGUGAGGAAGAUACUGACGGGGAGGUCACCGGUGCCGCCAACCUCGCGUGCUAUCUGCAGGACCCUGACUUUGGGUACCAGGACUUUGCGCGGCGCGACGAGGAGCAGACGCAGGUAUUCAGAGUCCAGGAUUACUCCUGGGAAGACCAUGGCUUUUCACUGGUGAACCGGCUCUACUCUGACAUCGGGCAUCUCCUGGAUGAGAAGUUCCGCAUGGUGGAUGGUCUGCAGAGCAGUGCCAUGGCCAAGCGGCAGGGCUGCGAACCUUCGGUCUUCAAGCGGGGCAUCUGGAACUACAUCCACUGCAUGUUUGGCAUCAGGUACGAUGACUACGACUAUGCAGAAGUGAAUCAUCUACUGGAGCGAAUGCUGAAAGUUUACAUUAAAACGGUAACCUGCUACCCAGAGAAGACAAACCCAGAAAUGUUUGACAGGUUCUGGAAGCAGUUCAAGCACAGCGAAAAGGUCCACGUGAACCUGCUCAUUCUGGAGGCCAGGAUGCAGGCAGAGCUGCUGUAUGCACUGCAGGCCAUCACCCAGUACAUGGUCUCGUAGGCGGUGGGAGCUGCGCUGCGGCAGGGCCGGGCAGCAUCCUCUCUCCCUGGACUUGUGUGUGACCCGUUGUGCUGGGACAGACGGCGAGGGAUGACUCCAUUUAGUUUACUUGACUGUCUUGUUCCUUCUUUUUUUUUUUUUUUUUUUUUUUCCCUUGUGGGGCACGCUAAGUGGCCCUGUUACGUGCAAUUACCAAACUGUGAGGCAAGUCCGUGCUGCUGAGAUGUUGGUGUGAUGCUGAAGACUUGAACCUGUCCAUGGAGGACCGCCAAAGACACGGGUGGGGGGUCAGGAGGAGGCUGUGUUGGAGGGUUAGGUUUAACAGCAGUUCCUCACCGCAGCCCUGCAGGAGCUUUGCUUCCCCUCCUGUUGACAGCCUCCAUGGAGGCAACAUCUUCCUUAGGAGCCAAGUGGGUGCACUGCAGUGUGCCAGGAAGGGGCUGCGCUGGGUCCCAGCCCAGCACAGGGAGGGGAUGCACUUGCUCCUGUGCCCAUGUCCUGCCAUCCAUGUCCACGUGCCAAACAAAAUCCUGUGGGUCAGACUGGGUCAGUUUGGAGCCAACUCCAAACCAUGAAGCUCUUGUAGGUGGGUGCCUUUGGCACUCCUUGAGCAGGGUGAGAGGGCCUCUGACAGCCUUCAGGCUCUGGAAGGUUGCACAGAGGAUUUGUGGCUGUCUGCAGGGUUGUUAGUCCUGAACCCCACGCUGUUUCCCAUUGGUGGAGGUUCAAGAGAAAUGAGGGAGGCUUCUUGAGUUAACACAGAGCUGGCAUCUUCCUCUCACAGCAACAAGGGCUGGGGUCCUUCGCCCAGCUGUUUGCUCUUAACAGCCCAGCUGAGCUAAGGGCAGCCCUAGCCAUAGGCUGGGGGCUCCUGGGGCUGCCCCGGGUGAGCAGCAGCAGCCCAGCCUGCCAGGAGCUUCCUGGACCAGGGCUGCUCCAUGCAUGUGCACAGCCCAGAGCUGGGGGUGAGGGAACCUGGUUCCCCCUGGGCACAGGAAAGCAACUGCAGGAGGCGUUCAGGGCCCCCCAUCAUCAGCAGGAGUCUGAAGUGAGGGCAGCUGUGAGGUCAGCCCAGUGCACGCUGCUUCAGUCGACCUGUUUACUGCGUAAAUGUACGGGGAGAAAACCUUGUGUAUGGAAGCUAAAGAAAAAGCCUAUUUUUGCUAUAAAUAUAUUAUGUUUGACAUGGAGGCGUGUUUUCUUUCUGUCUGGGGCAGGUUGUACUGGGAUGGUGCUGAUACCUGGAUGGCUGUGCUGGGCAGGGCUGGGUGUGCUGCCCAAAGAUGCUGUAACAUCCCAGCUAAGCUUUGCAGUGGGGAAUUCCAGCACCAGGGACUGCACCACUGGAGAAAUGGUGACAUCAUCUAUCAGAAAGGCAUGCAGAACUCAAGCAUCCAUUAGGAUGGAAUAUAGCAGAGCUGGGCAACUAGCUCUGCUAUCCUUGGCAAUGCUCAGAUCAGCAUAAAACCUAUUAACCACUGGGAGGGAACAAACGUUCCCCUGUUCUAUGUCAAAUUUGGGAUGAAUCCUCCCUGAACGAAUCAACAACUGCAAAAUCCAUCCUGUGCAUUUUCUUUCCCCAACUGCACCAAACACUGCGUGCUUGCAGGAAGCCCCAAGAAGCAUCCCAGGAGCAGGUGUGGGAGUCAGUUCCCCUGAGGAUCUCCUCCUAAAACCCAAUAUUUGGAGAUCAGCUUAAGACUUGAAGCAGGAAGCUUAAGAUCCUUUUAAAAAGUUACAAGCAAGCACCGAUUUCACACUUUUUCAAUGAUAUUCUUUCCUCAGACCUUACUGAAUACCAAGCUACCCCCACCUUUUUAAUACAAGUAUCUGACCAUGAGCAUCUUGUGACAGUGACAUUGGAGUACACAAGGAUAAGAAGCUCACUGACAUCCUAAUGGACAGCAUCUGCUGGAUGGAGCAGCAACCCCACCUCUGUGCUCCUAGAGACAGCCAGCACAACUGCUGACACUCACAGUGGAAUACAAGUCAACACUGAACAUCUCUAUGCAAAGUGAACAGAACCAUCUGCACUCAGGUCCAGGAGGGCAAACCCUGAGCAGGUCAGCACAACUCCUGAACAGUCCUGCAGAAGUUCCAGCUGCCCAGGGUCAGCUUUAGGGCUUGGCAGCACCACUGGCACCAAAGAGAUCCGCACGCUUGGGAGCACGCUGCAGCUUUCAUAGGGCAGGCACACAGCUGCCCUAACAGCAUGGGGAAGCAAAGGAAAGAAGCUGAAGGCCAGGAAAUCGAUAAAUAAAAAAUAAACACAAUAAAAAUGGGCCCCCAUCAGCACACCAGAACAAACCGCAUGAGACAGAGUAGAGGAUUACAGGUUUUUUAUUUGUCAAACAUUCCCCCCUAGUCUAGCACAUUCUACAGUCUUGCUAGCACAGAUGGUAACAAAGAGCCUGUAAUGGUUCAGAAGUUACACUGCUACAGAGAGCAAACAAAAGCAGAGAUUUAUUAUGUUAAAAAAAAAUAAUAAUAAUUCUCAUGAGAAAUAGGUGGAAGUGUGCAGAGGGGGAUGGGGUGGGAAAGGCAUCCGCUCGUGGUGCCCAUCCUGUGUGCAGUGCCUGUGCUGGCAGUGCAGAAAGCUGUGCUGGAAACACCUCUUCCCCAAACCAGCCCCAGCUCUCUGAAGAAGGCUGCUUCCAGCAGAAGUGCCAGACCUCUCCAGACACUUUGGGAGCACCAGCUGUGGCCGUGCCCUCCUGCUUGGCACCACAAGGGUCCCUUUCUCGAGGGGUGAUGAGCUGUAGUGAUGAGUUACACAGGCUACUGAGCUUUCAGGCACCCGGAGUCACCUCCUGCUUGCUUUUCCCCAUGUGAAUCAGAACAAACUUUUCACCAGGCAUGCAGCCGAGGCAAACCCUACGCCAUCCCUGUUCAGGUUCACAUCCCAAAAUUGAUAUACACGUGUUGGUUUUUUUUGGAUAAUGGUCCAAACUCGCACAUUAUUUUGGUGACCCCGCUCUCUCCAGACACCCCCACCCACAGCACCAGACACAGGUUUCUCCCUCCUGGAGCAAGGCUAGCCCUGGAGCAGUUGAGUGUGACUAUAAAUAAGCACCUAAGUAAGAAAAUGAACAAAUCAUGAUCUAUAGAAAAGCUUUCUAGGCAUUUCCUUUGGAAAAGCUGAUUAGUGCUACUUGCUUCUAGCAUGAGCCUCAGUUAUGAGCACAGCCAGGCUCCGGAAUGCUCCCACUGCAUUUGUUCCUCUCACUUAGCAGAAUGAUGGCACUGCUGUUUGUGAAGCAGCCCAGGCAGGGGGAUGUCAUGGUUUUAGACACACCAGCUAUGGAAAUUAAGGGCUCUAAGCAGCUUUCAAUAGCCCAAACUUUGACAGGGAGCCGGUAGUAGUGAAAUACACUCAAGUUAUGAAGAAGUCUCAAGCAAUUAGCUAAACUCAGGUGUAAA